UCUUUAGUUUCCCUAUGUUGACGGUUCCCCUUUCUGCCCCCACCUUGUUUCACUCCUUUUUCCUUCUCCCUGUCCACCAGAUGUCCUUUGCCCCUCUUCUUCUUAUAUAUUUAUUCAGCCUGGAUCAUCCCCCAACCCUUGCUCAUCUCUGUUACAAGCCUAGCCAUGGAGUCAAGGCCCCACUGUUUAAGCUUUCUCUAUGCAGUCUUAUGCAUUUUAGCCUCCAUUCUCUUCACUCAUUCUGAUGCCAGACUCAUGGUUCAUAUAUGGAAGAAGCACCAAGGCUCAAACCUCCAUGAAAAGCUAAAAACAACGGAUCGUAUCGGCUUCGAUGGUGAUCCAUAUACCCUUGACUCACCUUUCUACCUACUACAUUCUGACUCAUUAUCACCACUACUUCCUCAGCCUGACCACUCUCCUCCAUUUACCCCACAAUCGCCUUCCAACCCUCUGCCACCUCCGGCGAGUUACGGCCUACCGACACCUCCACCACCAAGUAACAUCAUCCACAGCCCACCAACACCUCCACCACCGAGUAACAUCAUCCAUAGCCCGCCAGCAAAUCCACCGGAAGCAGCUUCUCCCGAGCAUGGGUUCAAUCCACCUAGCAUUUUCUCAAGUCCACCUCAACAUCAACCUAACCCACCAAAAAAUGUGUCAACGCCCCCUAAGCAAGUUCCAGGCCAACCCAUUUCUGAACCGCCGGUGCUGAACCCACCACCUCGUUCUACCCCACACAAAGGGUCACGGUCUGGUACUUGGUGUGUGGCUAAGCCAACAGUGCCUGAUUCAUUGAUCCAAGCAGCCAUGGAUUAUGCAUGUGGGUCUGGUGCGGAUUGCAAGUCGAUUCAACCCAACCAAGCCUGCUUCCAACCCAACACGAUGAUCUCUCAUGCAUCGUAUGCGUUCAACAGCUACUGGCAAAACAAAAAGGGGAGCGGUGGCACUUGUGAUUUUGGAGGAACUGCCAUGCUUGUUACAGUUGAUCCUAGUUUCGGUAAAUGUCAGUUCAGAAACAACUGAUCAUCCAUGACACACAAAAGAGCCAUUUUGGAAGACCAAUUAUUCAGAGUUUGAACGAGCAGUUUGGCUUACAUAUAGCAAUUUAAUUCAGCUAUUGAGCAGCCUAUUUAGCUGGUAAUUAUUAGCUUGUUUCAUUCUAUGAAGCUGAUAGGGUCUAAAGAAUAGUGCCUUUAUAUUAGUCUAUGGUUUUAUGAUAUCAUAAUGUAAAUAAGAAAAAGGGAUUAUCAUAAUGUCUUAUGAUUUGUUGCCAAAGACAAAAAUAA